ACCCUGUCACCUUCCCCGCAUUUUCUACACCACCAACACCUCGGUAUCGCGCUAGUCCAGGGGCGCAACAACAAUAGAAACAAAACACCGCCAUAUCAAUAAACACAAAAGAAGCCAAACAUCAUCAAGUUCUUUCCGUUACACAUAUCACAUCGCUACCAUGACGGACGACUGGCAAGACUUCGCCCUCAGCACGCGGCACUUCCACAACCGCAACAAUCGUCGCGCUUCAGGCAAAGGCAAGAAGGGUGCUGCGUUUGACGUGCGAAAGACAUUCGGCGAGUACGAAGUCAAAUGCGCGUCUUGGGAAAGAGCCCUGGGAGAACUAUGCGACGACGACGGUCAAGAGGAGGAAGCAGUGUUUGAGCUACUGAGGUUGACGGAAGACGGCCAAGGAGUCCUGGGAGAGCUCGUGCUGCCUGGAGUCCUCAGGGCCGCUGUUGUGCUGGCGGCGAGCAGGAAGACGCUCACGAUCAUCACUCGACAUCUAUCCGGCGAAGACCAAGACGAGGAAACUUCGGAUGAAGAUGAGAAUGAAGAUCACGAUGCCUCUGAUGACGACGAAGAAGAAGAACAACAACCAGACCGCUUCGCCACCUUCGAGAAGAACUCCUUCCGCUCCCCAAAAUUCUGGCUAGCUUGGAACGGCACCAUCACGACUCCGAAAGACGACUCCCCGCCACCGUCCCCAACCCACACAAGGAAAGGUAGCCACUUCCCCUCAGCAGACUCUCCGCCCCCAAGCCCCACGCUCUCCAGGACCGGAAGUAGCUUUCCACCACCCAAGCCCACAUCCAUCUCAACCCAGCAAUCGCAGGCCGAAGGAUUGGGUUAUGUCGUAUUCACCGGCAACGACUGCCGGAAAUUCAAGGGGACUUUGAAUUGCAAGGAACUUGGGUGGAAAGACAUCGCAUUCAGCGGGUUCAAAUCUGUGUCCAGGAGCGAAAGUGACAGGCAAGUGGUUUGGGCGGGGCGGGACGCUGAGACAGGCUGGAAGGAAGAAAGUGCGGAUGGAGGGGAUAGGGGGGCGAGGUUGGAUAGUAGGAGGAGAGUGGUGUUCGAUUAGUGGGUUGUGGAAAUAGGGGGUUGAGGUUAGAGGGCAGAAGGAAGAAGAGAGAUGAGGGGAUGCUUUGAGUAAAUGGAGCGAAUACAGACUUAGAUCUGACGGUCUCAAACUUUUUUGAGACGGAGGCGAUGAGAGAUUACGCUCAGACACUUAAGGCUGCUCAAAUGCUGUGUGAAGCUCUCCCAAGUGGUUAUGAUACACUAUCAGUCAUGAGAUAAGUUUCCUACCAAAUGUUCCUUCGAAAUCAUCGAAGUCGACUUCUACAGCACCCAUAUUCCUUCCCUACAUCGCAGCUCAGGAAGUAGCCCC